UGACAGGAAGCGUGUUGAGCAGAAGUUUUCGGUGAAGAGUUGAUUUGUGAUCUAUCAAUGACCAAUGAGUCUCCUCUGGCGCUGUGUGAACUCAUGUGUUUUAAGACCGAGCCGCGGCAAAGAUGCAAUGGCGGUCACUCGUAGUUGGUCUAGUGGUGCUUCGGCUGUCUGUUAGCUGUGUGUUGUGGCUCGCCUUCGGACCGGAGCACAGCGUUAGCUCGGACGUCAGCCGCCCCAAAGCAGAGCUCCUGUCCGGGAAUGAAGGGACCGGCGGCAGCACAUGUGCGAAGGUCGAAGGAGAGCUCCCCCAAAGAUCCUACCUGAGCUUCUUUGACGACCACACGGACGAUUACGUGCGGAGAUACAGCUCCUUCUCGGACGUGCUGAAAGCAGCUAUGAAGGAAAAGGCCAGAAGCAUGUUCUACUUCGGUUAUGAUAAUUAUAUGAAAUAUGCUUUCCCUAAGGACGAACUCAACCCAAUUGACUGCGAAGGGAGAGGCCCGGAUGUUCAGAACCCCUCAAACGUGAACAUAAAUGAUGUCUUGGGGAACUACUCUCUCACACUCAUAGACUCCUUGGACACCCUGCUGGUGCUUGGCAACGUGACCGAGUUCCAGAGUGCUGUCAAGUUGGUGAUUGACACGGUGUCCUUUGACAAGGACUCCACUGUGCAGGUUUUUGAGGCAAACAUCAGGAUCUUAGGAAGCCUCAUCUCAGCUCACAUUCUGCUAACGGACCCCAAGCAUCCUUUUGGGAGGGUUGGCUUUGAUGGUUACAACAACCAGCUGCUGCACUUGGCUCAUGACUUGGCUGUUCGUCUUCUGCCGGCCUUUGAAAACACAGGCACAGGCAUCCCUUACCCCAGGGUAAACCUAAAGACCGGAGUCCCGUCCGGUAGCAUGAACGAGACGUGUACUGCAGGAGCUGGAUCUCUGCUUGUGGAGUUUGGAAUCCUGAGCCGCUUGACCGGAGAUUUCAUUUUCGAGUCGGUCGCACGACGAGCCGUGAGAUCGCUUUGGAAACUGAGGAACAAUCAGACAGGAUUGCUAGGAAAUAUUGUCAACAUCCAAACCGGCCAGUGGGUGGGCCAGCAGAGCGGCCUCGGUGCCGGUAUGGACUCCUUCUACGAGUACUUGCUCAAGGCCUACAUCCUGUUUGGCGAGAAGGACGACUACAGAAUGUUCCAGGCAGCUUACGCCAGCAUACAUAACCACCUGAGGAGAGGGCGGGAGUCAUGCAACGAAGGAGAAGGCGACCCGCCCAUGUACGUGAAUGUGAACAUGAUGAGUGGCGAGAUCAUGAACACUUGGAUUGAUUCCCUGCAAGCCUUCUUUCCUGGACUGCAGGUUUUAAAUGGCGAUGUAGAAAAUGCAAUUUGCCUCCACGCCUUCUACUACGCCAUCUGGAAGCGCUUUGGAGCUUUGCCAGAAAGGUACAACUGGCAGCGGAAGGCUGCUGAUGUCCUCUUUUACCCACUGAGACCUGAGCUGGCUGAAUCCACCUACCUGCUGUACCAGGCAACCAAGAACCCUUUCUACUUGCACGUUGGUAUGGAUAUUAUUCAGAGCCUUGACAAAAAUACCAAAGUCAGAUGCGGGUACGCCACCCUACAUCACGUUGUGCACAAAUCCAAAGAGGACCGCAUGGAGAGUUUCUUCCUCAGCGAGACCUGCAAAUAUCUUUUUCUGCUUUUUGACGAGGACAACCCGCUUCACAAAUUGGGCAACAAGUACAUCUUUACAACAGAAGGUCACCUGAUCCCUGUUGACAAGCGCUUCCGGGAGAAUAGAUGGAAGGACAGAAGUCCAUGUGAAGACAAAGACGCGCCAGUGGAGAAGCCGUUUAAUGAGCAGCUCGUCCAGAACACCAGCAAUUGCAACAGGAUCCCUGAGGCGCGACGCUACACGCUGCCCCUGAAGAGUGUCUACAUGAGGCAGAUCGAUCACAUGGUCGGCCUGCACUGACAGUGUGGUGAUGUUGCUGUGUGCGCACACACACACGCGAAUGCGUAUACACUUACAAUGCACAUUAAUACACGCGCACACUGUGAGUAUACUUGCUGAGGAUCCAGACUGAGUUAAGACACCGGGACCAUUUAUUUUACUGUUUAGGUUGUGUUUUGAGUAUUUGGAGUGCACACGUAUGUUUGGAAGUGUGUGUGUGUGUGUUAGUGCGCGAGUGAAUUAGGGUAACCGUGUCGUCCUCCUGUACAACAAAUGGCGUCAUGUGUUGUUUAGUGCCUUGCUCGUUAUCACGAGGGCUUCAUCACAGGGACACUAGUGCAGUGUGUGCAAGUUUUAAAGUGGGCUUGUUUAUUCACAUUUAUGGAUCAUAACUCUACAAAAGUGUGAUCAUAAGAGUAAGACCGUCACUCAUGCUCUUAAAGUGCCUUUUUUUUUUUUUAAACGUAGCGUCAGGAGGUCUUAACACUUUUUAAAUCGUGUUGCUCAAGUCGGUCGGUCAGUGUGUGUGUGUGCGUGCGUGCGUGCGAAUGUGUGUUUGUGUGUUUUCACUUGUUUACAACUAAAUCAAGCCAUCAAUUUUCUUGUCUUCUUUUCGUCCACAUUUUUUCCAAGAGGAACAAGUAAAUUGACAGAUUUUAUUUGACUUGAUUGCACUUCUUCAUACCUGCUGAUCAUCUCAGGGUUUAAAGCAAAAACAAAUGAAAGAACAAUUUCACAAACAUAAUGUGUGUAGAAUAAUGAUUGCCAACAAUACCAGCAGGUAUUUUUUCAUUGCAAAGCUUGUGCGUUUAUUUGAUGAUUAAAAUUUAAAUUACUGAUAACUAUGCAUCUUUUCUUUCUGCUCCUUCAUAUAUUACCAGCUUUGUACAUUCGACAUACUUUAUCACACUUCUCAUUUAAUUUGAUUUAAUUCAAUGUAUUGACAUUAUACUUUAAUUUAUUUAAUUUGACCUUACUUUAUUUUACUCUUAGUGUAUUUUACAUGCUUUUAUUUUUAAUUUACUUUAUUUUAUUUUAUUUUAAUUGAUAAAAUUUUACUUUUAGUUAAUUUUGCAUAAUUUUAUUUAACUCUAUUUUAAUUUAUUUUGUUUUACUUCAUUUUAUUUUAUUCUAACUUAUUUUACUUAUUUUUAUGUUACUUUUCUUUAUUUCAUUUUACUUAUUUUAUUUUAUUUUAUUUUUCUUUAUUUACUUUAUUAUUUACGCGGGUCUUUACUUGAGUUUUUUAAAUGUAAAAUGAUGUUAUGAUGUCAAAAUGUUAUAUUGAAACUAAUCUAUCUCUAUCACUGCAACCCCAUAAAAGUCAUUAAAUGAAAUGAAUGAACUUCAGUUUUUCAAAGUUUUGGUUUGGUGUGACGAGUUAUGUUGCUUGUCUUUAAUCAUCAAUAAAUGUCCAUCUCUCUUGUAAAA